AUGGCUGUUAGACCACCGCUACUAUAUGGAUCGGAGUGCUGGCCUAUCAAAGAAACCAACGUGCAAAAACUCCAUACAGCCGAAAUGAAGAUGCUAAGCUUCAAGGUAGCCCCUAUACUUGAAAAACUGACGGAAUACCGACUCAGAUGGUACGGGCACGUGAUGCGAAGGGGCGAAGAGUACGUUGCCAAGAAGGCUCUGAACCUGCCGGAGAAAGAGAGAGGCCAGGGACGCCCGCCGACUACAUGGUGGACCAGCAUGACCCAAUUACUUAAGAAAAACGGUUUACCCGAGCCGACAACCCUCGACAGAAUCUCGUGGCGCAAAGUAAUUAGGAGAGCCGACCCCACUUAA